AUGGAGAACUCUUCCACCUCCGUGCAGUCUUUGACAGCACGUGGCUCUUCCAGAGUGCAUGUCGGCAAUAGCUAUAAUACAACGAACCACUACCACGACAAGUCUGAUCAAGAUAAAACCAAUAAAUACGUGGAGGCACUUCGCUCCACUGAUCCUCGCGAGGACAAAGUCCGGAUUGAGCAGACAAAUGGUGGUCUACUAAAGGAUUCGUAUGUAUGGAUACUGGAGAACCCCGAGUUCCUCUCAUGGCGCGAUAACCAGCACUGCCGGCUCUUGUGGAUCAGAGGAGACCCUGGCAAAGGGAAGACGAUGCUCCUGUCAGGUAUAAUCAACGAGCUACAACCUUCCACAAGACUUGAAAGCCCAAAGAAUCACAUCUCGCUAUCAUAUUUCUUUUGCCAAGCCACAAACUCUGGUCUUAACAACUAUACAUCGAUACUACAAGGGUUGAUCUACCUAUUGGUCACUCAACAACCACCCCUCCUUUCUCAUUUGCAAGACAAGCACGGGUAUGAUAUGACCCAUUGGAACUCUAGGGUUACACUGGAAGACGUUUUUCGCAAAAUCUUGGCUGAUCCAGUCACCGGGGAGAUAUAUUUGGUUGUUGAUGCACUGGACGAGUGCAUCGAAAACCUUCCCUUGCUCCUUGCAUUGAUAUCUAGCACAUACUCUCAUGCGAAGUGGAUUGUGAGCAGCCGCAACCGCUGCGAAAUCGAGGAGCUUUUAGAACCAUCUACAUCAAAACUCGCAGUCUCUCUAGAGCUCUAUGAGCUGUCUGUUUCUAAAGCCGUAGACAUUUACAUCAGCUACCGAGUUCGCCAAUUAACCGACAUCAAGAAGCUCAAAGACAAAGUGGCGCGACAAAUCUAUGAUUACCUGUCGGAGCACGCCCAUGGUACCUUUCUAUGGGUGGCCUUGGUAUGUCAACAGUUAGAAAGAUGCCGGCCUUGGGAGAUGAGCAAUAACUUGCGGCGAUUCCCCAAAGGCCUCAACCAGCUUUACGCCCGAAUGAUGGACCAAAUCGGCAUGUCUGAUAGCUCUGAGCUCUAUAUCAGACUUCUUGCCAUUGCAUCAACUGUUUUUCGCCCUAUCACCUUUUCUGAGCUAAUAGCUAUGGGGGACUUGGAGUUGGAUGAGGAAACGCUUCCAGAUGUUGUAGCCGAGUGUGGCUCUUUUCUGACGACAAAAGAGAAAACGGUCGUCCUCAUCCACCAGUCCGCUAAAGACUUUCUUCUCACAGAGUCAGAGUCAACCAUACGACUUUUCCAGUCUGGCCUUGCGCAACAUCAUUACAACCUCUUUGAAAGGUGCAUCAUCAUCCUAAAAAGGCUUCAUAAGGAUAUGUACCGUUUGGUCUAUCCUGGAGUAUCACUAGGUGAAGCUUUCAAUAAUUGCCCUAAACCGGAUCCUUUAGAUGAUCUAAAUGAAUUCCCCGGCAUUGAGAUUGCAUAUAAUUUCAUUGCUGAGAAAUUCUUAUUCUGGGUGGAAGCACUUAGUCUCUGCCAAAACCUAUCAGUGACAGCGAAAGGUCUACUUCUUCUCAAGAGGCUACCAGCGCCAGCCAAUCUUCAACCAGACCAUAUAGCCCUGACUGAGGAUGCCCUCGGAUUCUUCUACUUGUUCAGCCCCGUGAUUAAGGACUACCCACUACAGACAUAUGCGUCUGGUCUACUUUUCAGCCCAAAGGACAGCCUCCUCCGCCACCGAUUCGAAACAUACACACCAGAUAUCUUUACCAAAGUCCCUGAGAUAGAUGACAAUUGGAGCCCAUUCUUGGGAUUUUUCGAUUUUCCAGAGGAAUCUUUUGGAAUUGCCACUACGAAGUUCUCGUCUACUAGUCAUGUACUCGUUGUAGCUACAUUCGAUGAACAAUCGAUCAUAUGGCAAGUCAGCGAAGAUCCUGUCCCGGAAAUAAGAAAGCACGAGAAUACAGCAUGGCCAACACCGUCACCAUGCGGGAAGUGGCUGGCCGCUAUUACUACGCAACAUUCGGAUGAGACGAAUGAAGCUGUACUUGAAGCUCGUGACUUGAGCUUGAACAGGACCAUUUGGACUAGGGAGCUUGGCAAUCGCAAAGUUCAAAGCAUGGAGAUUUCUCCCGACAGUCAAUGGCUUGCAGUAUUAUUUCAAGAAGAGCUGGAGCUCUAUGAUCUCAAAGCAGGCAUAUAUCGAGUAUGGCCACUUGAACUGGACCAUGAAGGCGAUUGUUUGAUGUCCUUCUCAUCAGAUUGUGCCUUGAUUGCGUUCGCACCUGUAUAUAAGUCACCUGCUAUUCAGGUCCUGGAUCUACAUACGGGUACGCAAUACAAGAACGAUCAUCCCAAGAUGGAAAGCAUAAUGGUAGAAUUCGUUCCCAAUACGCACUCGCUCCUGUUUCGCUCUGACGAAAAGACUGUCCAUGUAUGGCACGUUUUCGAGCAAAAGUAUGAAGAGUGGGGUCACUUCGAACAUGUCGUUCACUGCCUAGCCUUCUCGCACUCCGAGUCGUGGGUAGCUAUAGGAGGUCGUAAUCGGCUUUUCCUGUAUGAUCGCGCUCAGCGAACUCUACUGAGAGAGCUUAAAGUGCCAACUGGGCCGACUCUGGAAAAGAUCGCUGUUUCUUUUGAUGAUAAAAAAAUUGCCGUCUGUAAUCGGCAAGAGAUUUGGGUCAUAGACGUUCCUGCCCUUUUCGCUGGUAACCCUCGUUCUGGUCAAAAGUCUCGAGAAGGAUUUCAGAUCUCUGAUGAUGGGCGGUUGAUAGCUUACAAGCUCGGUAUGAAGAUUGAGAUAUGGGACGCAAUAACAAGCAAAAUCUUAACAUCGUUGGACAUUGGUGAUAAGUUUCAUGCACUUCAUGGAAGCGUCGAGAUUAAAGCAUUUUCACCUAAGGGUCGGCAUUUGGCAUUCCAUGGCGCUUCAUCAAUCUUUGCAUGGGAUCUUGCCACUACUCACUGUCGACAACUGUCGGUACCCCGUACCCUCUGGAAACAAAUGGCGAUUUCUGACGGGAACGGUAAUGAUGGUUACUGGGUGGCUAUGGAGGAAACCAAGGGCAUCGUUUCUGCAUGGGAUGUCAUGACAGGGAAACAUAAGAGAUCCUUUGAACAUUAUGAUGGUAGACUUGGUGACCUACUGGAAGCUGUUGCAAUAGCCUUUACCAACAGCCGAUUAGGAGUUCUAUGGCGCCUAGACUGGUUGGACUCCAAAGUUCCCGAUGGCACGUUCCUCCUAUACAACGUCGAGACUGGCGAACAGCUCUUUCGAGUUGAUAUACCGACUUCCCAUGGUUGGCUAUAUACAAGUCUUCCUGGGACGGAAAAUCGGUUAUAUGGGAUUGGAGAGUAG